AUGCCAUACAUACAAUCCUAUCGCGCGUAUCCAAAUCGCCCGCCGCCGCCGCCCAGUAAACCGUACUGGUACCGGUUCGUCCAUCCGGACUGGUUUCUAAACAAUCUGAAUCUAAAGUCCGCCAAGAUCAUUCUCCGAAACUGGGCAGCAUCCUUCUCCAUGCUCUUUCUACUCACAGUCAAGCCAGCCUGGGCAUGGACAGGCUCCUCGGCACACCUGGCAUUAAUCAUGACAGUUGUGCAGACGUCAGGGCAGGUUUCAGUGAUCGGAGCUUUCAUCGCAAAUUGUGUGCUGUGUGCUUUCAUCGUCUGGGGUUGGGUGUGUGGAUACAUCAUUCCUGGAUACAUUGCCAACAGGUACUUUUAUGACUCUGUUACGCAAGCUGACAUUCUCAAGGAUGUGAUUUCCAGAGGUGUGUGUUCAGCCAGUUUGCCUAAGAAGGAACUCAUUGCAUGCAUGACGGACUACUGUGUUCACGGCCACUACAUGAAAGCCGGCCCCGGUGUUGUUUACGCCAUUUGGGUUGCCGUGGCUUGUACAGUUUGUUUCUGGUGCAAGUUCCACGACCCCAUGACAUUCGCAGCAGGAGCUUCAACCUCGUUUAUCGCUGCAGCUGUGGCAGCAGACUCAGCUAUGCAUUUCCCUUGGUACGCCCCUAAAACCAUUGGUGCUGGCAUGCUCAAGCCCAUGGGUAUCGGACUUGCUGCCAACGUGGUGGUAGCAAUAAUUUUCUUCCCCUUCACAUCGGGGUACCAGUUCACCACUAAGCUGCUGAGGUUCCAGGGGGCUGUUGUACAGACAUUGGAAUGGCAGGUUGGCUUCUUAGCCCAGGCCAAGCCGAGUGUUCCCGAUACUUGGCUAGGGUACUGGAAACUCGAACAGUGUGUCUCUGGUCUACGGAGUCUGGGUCCUGUCUUGAGGAUGUCGUCAGGACCUAUUCCUCUUGAAUUCAGUUUCACCCGAUUCACCAUUGCUGGAUACCAGAGCGCGCGAAUCACAGCCCGGCGUCUCACUUCCCAGCUGACUGGUCUCAUUAUGAUUUUCGAUUCGAUCGAACACUUGCGGCGCGUCAUAAUUGAGGACAAGGAGGCAAGCAUUGAGCCUGUCAUCAGUGAGAUCCACAAGAAGUAUGCCCCUGUGGGUGUGUAUGAAACCCAGCAUUCGGUCGCAAGCGUCUUGAGACAAUCCGAAAAACCCGUUACUCUUUCUGAUCUCGAUGAGACCAUUCAAACCCUGUCUGAUAUUUGUGGUCCCAUGGUUUUGGAACAAGCAGGCAUGAUGAAGGUGGCUAUCAAGUGGAUUACUGUAGCCAAUGACUUUCGAGGAUGGUCUUGGUUGCCUUGGUUACACAAGAAGCACGUGCUUGACCAGCAAACAAUGGCUCUGGAAAUAUCUUCAGCUUACGAACACUUUUCGAAGGCAACUGAAUCGUUUCGCGAGAAGCGAUUUGCUGUUACUGAAAACACAAUGAGUCCUUACCUAAUUCUUCAAAAGACUCUUUAUUGUGGCUACGUUGAAGAAGUGAAUCGAACCAUUACUUUCAUGGUUGAAAAGCUCAUAUCUUUUGACCGAGAUCAUCCCACCCCCCACUGGAUUACUGGCAUUUUCAAAAUGGCUUCUCUGAAAUUUGCAUCCAUUUCUGUCUUCACUUCUUCGGCUGAUGCUCUCGUUGGAAACGACGCUGAGGCCGAAAAAAUCACUCCCCUGAAGGCAGAGCGAGAUCCAGACGCCCUUCCUGCCCGUCACUGGGGCCACAAGAUUGGAAAGAAGGUACGAUUAUUCUACGCCAGAUCGCGUGCCUCGUCCUGGCUUGUCCCUAUCAAAGGAGCGCUAUUCUGUGUGGCUGCCCUGACCCCGGCUCUGUUCACAAACACCCAUUACUGGUACUACAAGAACCGAUGUUACUGGGCUGUGGUUAUGACCGGUAUGUCUGUGGCCGAGUAUGCUGCAGAUAACAUGUUUUCUGCCGUCAACCGUAUCUUCCACACUUUUUAUGCUGUGGUCAUUGGUAUGGUUACAUGGUACAUCUCCACUGGUAACGGUCACGGUAACGCCUAUGGUUUCAUGGUGGCCUUUGGCAUUGUUCUCUUGCUGAUGCAUUUCUACCGAGAGUUCUGGCCGCCUGGAGUCUCCCCGGUGCCCAGACUCAUGUUGUGCAUUGCAAUGUGUCUGGUUGUCUCCAUUUCGUGGCUCGAUGGUCAGAACCCAGGAGCUGUCUAUGUUGGCUACGGUUUCACUGCGGCAUGGCAUCGUUAUGUCACCGUCUGUGUUGGUAUUGUGAUUGGUAUGAUCUGCUGCAAUUUCCCGCAUCCCAAGUCCGGCAAGAAAGCCGUCCGACUUAUUGUUGCAUCUGUUGUGGGCAAUACAGGUACUCUGUUUUGCCAGGUGAUGACUUUUGCCGCGGAGAAAUUGAAGCACCCUGGACUGGUGGUGGAUGCCACUGACGAUCCCUUCUCGGACAACAUUGAAAUGUGUGUGCUGAAGCUCAUGGGAGCCAAGCGACUCUCUGGUGUGAUCAAGUAUGAGCCUGACCUUUCAGGUCCUUGGCCACGACGAAGCUAUAUGGAGCUUCUGGCUCUCUGUUCGGAGCUGGUGGAGUUGUACGCACAUUUGUAUUUUGUCAUCAAGCGUUUGGAAGACGUGGAGAAGUGGCUGCCGGAGGUAAUUCGAUGUGUGGGAUGGGACCACCCUGUCCUCAUGUCAAAUUUCUUCUCAGUCGUGUUCAUGGCAAGUACCGGUCUUCGAGAAGGUAUUGGUUUGCCUCAGAUGACCCCUGGACAUUUGUACCAUGAGCAUGCAGCUGUUGCUCGAAAGCGUUUGAUGGAUGCAAACUUGCAGGGUCCCGUCAACACUCCUGAUUCUGCCACCUUCCUCAGUGCUGUUUCCAUCGCCAACAAGAUCUACGAUCGAAUGGACCGAAUUCUUGUUCUGAUCAAGGCAAUUGUUGGUGAACAGUACUCUCAUCAUGAUUAUUAUAUGCAGAAGAUGCUGGAAAACAUGGCUUGA